AUGACGGCAGUUCCAGCGACCAAUUUCUACAUCAAAUUUCCAGAAUCAAACAAACUUAUUCAAGAACACGUACUCACUUCAUCUUCUUCUCGGAUCAGUGUCUACGCCUUGCAAGUAGGUUUGGACAGGGAUGAGAAGAAGGACUUUUGGGAGGUUUUAGAUGAGGUGGUGAGGAGCAUCCCGACCAUUAAGAAGCUUUUCAUGGGAGGAGAUUUCGAUAGGCAUAUUGGGUCUUUGUUGAGAGGUUAUGAUGAUCUGCAUGGCGGUAUUAAUUUUGGGGAGCGGGAUUACAGAGGAGCUUCUCUUUUGAAUUUUUCUAGGGCUUUUGGGUUGUGGAUAGCGAAGUCGAGCUUUCCAAAGAAGGAGGAACACCUUAUUAUAUUUCGUAGUUCAGUGGCCAAGUCUUAG